AUGUCAGGUAUAAAGAAUUCUUCUGGAAGUUUUGAAGACCUUAAAACAAGCGAAAAAGAGACUGUUCUUCAUAGUGAAAAAUCCAAAGAAUACUACCAACAACAUGAAGAUGAAGUCAUCAGAACUUUCAAAGUAGAUAUUGAUACAGGUUUAAGUGAUGCUCAAGUUAAGGAAAACUUUGGGAAGUUUGGAGCUAAUAAUUUGGGUAAUGAAGCUACUAUCAGUUAUUCUAAGAUCUUAGCCCAUCAAGUAUUCAAUGCUAUGAUUAUGGUGUUGCUUAUAUCUAUGAUAAUUGCAUUGGCAAUCAAAGAUUGGAUCUCGGGAGGUGUGAUUGCUGGAGUGGUUGGAAUUAAUAUUAUCGUUGGUUUCAUUCAAGAAGUUAAAGCUGAGAAAACGAUGGGUUCUUUAAGAAGCUUAUCAUCGCCAAUGGCUAGAGUAUUAAGGAAUGGAGUAGAAUCUAACAUCAAUACUGAUGAAGUGGUACCGGGUGAUAUCAUACACAUCUCUGUGGGUGAUACAGUUCCAGCAGAUUUGAGAUUAAUCGAAUGUACUAAUUUAGAAACGGACGAAGCAUUAUUGACAGGGGAAUCAUUACCAGUAGCAAAAGACCCUCAAGUAAUUGAAGGUGAAUGUCCAGUUGGUGACAGGAUUAAUCUUGCCUUCUCAUCUUCGGUAGUAGCAAAAGGAAGAGGUGUGGGUAUUGUGGUAGAUACUGGUUUAAGCACAGAAAUUGGUAAAAUCGCCGCCUCUUUACAAAAUUCCGAAGACAAGCUAAUUGUGAAACCCACCCCUGGUUCUGGAAUUAUUGGCUUUGUUAAAGCCUUUGGGAAGUCUACUUUAAAUAUAAUCUUGAAUGUUUUAGGUACAAAUGUUGGUACUCCUUUACAGAGAAGAUUAUCAUGGUUGGCUAUAUUAUUAUUCUGGGUAGCUGUUUUAUUUGCCAUUGUUGUGAUGGCAUCACAAACCUUCAGGGUAAAUAAAUCAGUGGCUAUUUAUGCUAUUUGUGUAGCAUUAUCAAUGAUUCCUUCUUCUUUGGUUGUGGUUUUAACUAUCACCAUGGCUAUAGGAUCUCAGGUUAUGGUUACUAAGAAUGUCAUUGUUCGUAAGUUAGAUUCUCUUGAAGCUUUAGGAGGUAUUAAUGAUAUUUGUUCUGAUAAAACGGGUACUUUAACCUUGGGUAAAAUGAUAGCCAGGAAAAUUUGGAUACCGACGGUGGGGACUUAUCUAGUUACCAAUUCGAAUGAUGUUUUGGAUCCAGAAGAUGGAGAAAUUUCUUUCAACAAGUCAAGUCCUUAUUUCAUUAAGCAGUCAGAUGAGGAAUCUGAUUUUAUUCCAAAUUAUCCCUUGGCUAACAAUUUCCGUGGAUGGUUAGAAACAGCCACUUUGGCAAAUAUAGCUAAAGUCAUUAAAAAUGAAGAAGGUUGGGAAGCUCAUGGUGAUGCCACCGAAAUAGCAAUCAACGUAUUCACUCAGAGAGUGGAUUAUUCAAGAGACAAUUAUAUUGAAAAAUAUUCUUUGGAACAUAUUGAAGAAUUUCCUUUUGAUUCCAGUAUCAAAAGAAUGUCUGCCAUCUAUAAAAACUCAAAAACUGGCGAAUCAAAAGUAUAUACCAAAGGAGCUGUGGAACGAUUAUUGACUAUCUGUACUCAUUGGCAUGGAGAAGACCAAGAUAAUGAACAACUCAUACCAUUGACUCAGGAAGAUAGAGAAUCAAUUGAGAAUAACAUGAAUGCGUUAUCAUCUGAAGGUUUAAGGGUAUUGGCCUUUGCCACAAGAGGUAUAAGUGAAAAGGAAGAAUAUAAAAGGGAAUUAGUUGAACAAAACUUGACUUUCCAAGGGUUGAUUGGAAUUUAUGAUCCACCAAGACCUGAAACGGCUGGCUCAGUGAAAGCAUGUCAUAAAGCAGGUAUCAAUGUUCAUAUGUUGACUGGGGAUCAUCCAGGUACAGCUAAAGCAAUUGCUCAAGAAGUUGGUAUCAUUCCUCAUAAUUUAUAUCAUUAUGCUGACGAUGUGGUUAGAGCUAUGGUUAUGACAGCUUCAGAAUUUGAUAAAUUAUCCGAUGAAGAAGUUGAUAAUUUACCUGUAUUACCUUUGGUUAUUGCUAGAUGUGCUCCUCAAACAAAAGUACGGAUGAUUGAAGCAUUACAUAGAAGAAAUAAAUUUUGUGCUAUGACAGGUGAUGGUGUUAAUGAUUCACCUUCAUUGAAAAAGGCAGAUGUAGGAAUUGCUAUGGGAAUGAAUGGUUCAGAUGUUGCUAAAGAUGCUUCUGAUAUCAUUUUAACUGAUGAUAACUUUUCAUCCAUUUUGAAUGCUAUUGAAGAAGGUAGAAGAAUGAGUUCCAAUAUCCAGAAGUUUGUUCUUCAAUUAUUAGCGGAAAAUGUAGCUCAAGCUUUCUACUUAAUGAUUGGUUUGGCUUUCAUUGAUGAUGAUAGUUAUUCAGUGUUCCCAUUAUCUCCGGUAGAGUGUUUAUGGAUUAUUGUCGUAACUUCAUGUUUCCCAGCCAUGGGUUUGGGUCAAGAAAAGGCUAGUGAUGAUAUUCUAACUCUUCCUCCAAACAAAACUAUUUUCACUUGGGAAGUUAUGGUUGAUAUGGUGGUUUACGGUACUUGGAUGGCUUCUUGUAAUUUAGCAUGUUAUUCAUUGAUUGUUUUCGAAAUCGGUAAUGGAUUUUUGGGUUCUGGAUGUAAUGAAUCUAAUGGUACCGGUUGUAACCUUGUAUUCAGAGGAAGGGCUGCUGCAUUCUCUUGUUUCACCUGGUGUGCGGUAUUGUUAGCUUGGGAAUGUAUCCAUUUACGUAAUUCCUUAUUCAACAUGAGGCCGAAUUCAGAACUUAGUUGGUAUAAGAGUUUGAGCAAGGAUUUAUGGGAUAAUAAAUUCUUAUUCUUCUCCAUCAUUUUUGCUAUACUUUCAGUCUUCCCAGUGGUUUACAUUCCUGUCAUCAAUGACAAGGUAUUCUUACAUGCUCCAAUCGGUUAUGAAUGGGGAUUGUCUGUUGCAUUCACUGUUUUAUUCAUGAUGGGGGCAGAAUUGUGGAAAUUUGUCAAAAGAUGCUACUAUAGGUCACAGGCUGCAAAAAACCCUGACCACGAAUUGGAGAAGAACGACCCUUUCCAAAAAUACGUCACCAUGUCUCGUUCCAACACUUUAGUAGUUUAA